AUGGCAAACAAUACCGCCGCCGGAUCCGACUUAAAUGUGGUCUGUCCUCAUUACUCUGACGGGAGGGGAACGCCUGUGUGUUGGGACUGUGCUGAAGGAGGCCAUCUUGGUCAGGGCAGAGAGAACUCAAUGACUCCAGAGAGAACUAAGAAGAGAUUUGUACUCAUGGGUGCUGGGAGUAAGAUCCUUGACCACGAUCCCUUAGCACCAGAAGUACAUCCUCCAGUAGAAGGGAUUGAAGUUGGCUCACCCGAUCCACGAAACGUCCCUCCAGGAAAAGAGGUCUUCUACGAGCCGCAGGCUAUAAGCACCCCGGAUAACUAUAUGAAAGACGAACACAAUGAGUGGAAUACUGAAUCAACUGAGAAUACCGCCGCCGCCUCUAAACCGCCUACCAUACUUGGACUUCGAAAAAGAGUAUUCUGGUUACUCUUAAUAAGUAUGUUCGUAGUUGCGUUCGUGGGAGCGGCUGUCGGCGCGGCGGUUGGAGUAACCCAGAGGAACCAAGCCAUCAAAGCUUCGUCGGCAGCAUCGUCGCCGGCGGUAGGUGAAAAUCAAGUAAGCCAGAGUCUUAUAGUAUCCUUCCGUGUUAUGGCAGAGUCAUCGGUUAUAACAAGAACUUUGCGAUUACAACCUCUGCUACUGUGCGCUACUAACUCAACCAAGUCUACAGGCUCUCCAAAUCCCACGACGACUCCAUCCUCUAGUACAAGUGCGUCACCUACAGCUACUCCGAGCCCAGUACGCAGCUGUCUGGGCACCGACGGAAGUACGUAUACAGACUCAGGCACUGGAACGAAGUUUAGGAUCGAGUGCGACGUAGCACAUCAAGGCCGCGAUAUCGAGAACCUCAAGGCCGAAUCGAUGAAGGAAUGUGUUUCGCUAUGUGCUAAAAACACACGUUGCACGGGCGCUGUCUAUUACAACGUUGGGCCGCAGGGGACGGAUCUCAAUUACUGUUGGCUCAAAAGCUCCUUAGACGAUAGCGAUAUAAGAACUACGACGGAUGCGCAGUCGGUAGUGCGGUUAUAA